UUUUUCCUGUAUCCUGUCCACGAGUGGCCGAGGAGAAGUGCUGCGUAUUUGAGAUGCAAGAAGCUGUAGAAUGGCUGGACAGCAGAGACUGGAGAAUAAACAAUCUAUGGCAGUUCUGCUUAAGUCAGGUACAUUGCUUACCUGCCCUUUUCUGCUAGAAAAGGCAAUCAGCUCAGACAUACCCCACGGGUAAACCUAACAGGAUGCAAGAGGCCAUCUGAACUGCACUUUUGAAACCCAUGGGAACCUCUUCCUUCUAUUGUGCACAGAGGAUGAAGGCUCCUCCAGCCAUGUUGAUAAAAAGGAUAUUACUGUACAUACUUCUAGUAAUGCUGACUCAGAACAACUAUCAAGUUUACGGAUUCAAUGACACUUAUUGUCCAAUUGAAAUUCAAGUUAAAAGACACUCCAAGUACAAAACUAAACUUGGGAACUCUUUGAUAAUAGUCUGUCCAGUUCGUUACUGCAAAAAAAAGCCAAUCAUGCAGUGGUGCAAGAUAGAGGUGGAUACAUGUGUGUUGCUGAAGGAGAGCAAAGCAGAAUGGAAGUCCAAUAUGUUUACUCUGGAGUUUUUCUCUGUUCGUCAGAGUGACAGUGGAAUUUAUCAUUGCCAAGCAACAGUGGACAACUUUUCCAGUGAGAGCCAUGGAAUAAAGGUUAUUGUUGAAGAAAAUUCUGCAAAUAUCACAAUUUCAGCAGAAAAUACCACCAGUAUCUCAGAAGAGUCCCAAGAGUCUAGAAACCUCAAGAUACUGCACAUUAGUUAUGCUUCAUCAUCCAUGGGUUUAUGUUGUCCAUUCAUCAUCAUAUGCAUGUUUUGGUGUCUAAGGAGACACUAUGAAAAGCAAAAGAGAAGUCCAUUAACCCCCCAGAAACGAAAAAGCCUGGUCAGAAGUCCAGCAGCUGCUCCAACCCACACUGCUGGGACAACUCAAGCUUCAGAAGAAAGCACCUCACUUUACUAUUGCUCCAUGGCUAGCCUUGCACAGACCUUGCACAGCAACACAAUAUAUGACAAUGAUGUCCCUCCCUGGAACACUCAGAGAACAGCACCUAAUGCACCUCACAAUGAUCCUGCUAUUCCUUCCAUCCCAGUUUUACUUGAAAGCCCAGAUGUCCUCACAUAUGCUGCACUAAAUCAUUCUGCUUCUGCAGAAAGAUGCCAUAGAAGGGAACUAACUAUAGAAAAUGAAUUUACAGAAUAUGCCUCCAUUAAUGUAAAUAAAUAACUGUUGGAAGGACUUCUCCAGACCACCAUUUUUUCAUGCAGCCUCAGUUCUAGCUUCUA